GUAAACUGUUGUUGAAAAUCACCGACUACAAUUUUAAUAUCAAAUUCUGAAACCACCAAACUAUAAACACUAAAAUAGUCAACAGUUAACACCAACAACAUAGGAGGUUGUCUACUGUCUUCUUACUACUUUAAACUCCAUCUUCCUUCUUCUCUACACUAACUCUCUAACCCACUCAGUACUACUACCAACAAAGUGGUUGCCAUUUUAUCAAGAAACAUUGUAAUUGUAAGAUCUCUGCUUUUUUCUACACUCAUACUUACUCAAUUCUUUCAAUCAAAUUCAUUUUCUUCUGAUUUAUAUACCAAGUUAUUACAAAUUCUGCAACUUUUAAUGGAUUAUGAAGUUGUAUUUCUGGGUUCACUUACAUUGAUUUAUUUACUUGCUUUAUUGUACUGGGUAUUCCUUAAAGAUUUGAUUAAUGGUCUUAAUUUGAGUUCAUUUGGUCAAUUUAAGAAAUUUUACACUAGGGUUUCUAGUUUUGGGGAUUUAAAUUUAGUGGGUAAUAAUGGUAAAAACUCAGGUAUAAGAUCUGUUAAUGGGGUUUUAGCAACUGGGUGUUUGUUGAUUUUCUUUCUAAUUUUAGGUUUUGCAUAUUGGUUACUUUCUAGUGAUUUGCAGCCUAAUUCAUUGGAUCAGGGUUUUAGUAUUCCUGGUCCUAAUGAUGCAAAAGGGCAAUGUAAUUUGUUUGAUGGGAAAUGGGUUCCUGAUGAUAGUUAUCCUUUGUACAAUGCAUCUGAUUGCCCGUUUGCUGAGGUCGGGUUUAAUUGCUUGGCAAAUGGGAGAAGAGAUAGUGAUUAUAUGAAAUGGAGGUGGAAGCCUAAGGAUUGUGAUCUUCCUAGGUUUGAUGUGCAAGCUUUAUUGAAUUAUCUUCGAGGGAAGCGGGUCGUGUUUGUGGGUGAUUCAUUGACUAGAACACAAUGGGAGUCUUUUAUUUGUAUGCUUAUGUCUGGGGUUGAAGAUAAACGAUUUGUGUACGAAGUUAAUCAGAAUCCAAUUUCGAAGAAGAUUAGGUUUUUGAAUGUGAGGUUUGAUUCUUAUGACUUCACGGUCGAGUUUUACCGGUCUGUUUUCCUGUCCUGGCUUACUACUCCACCGAAACGUGCUCCCAAGAGAGUUAAGUGGACUAUCAGACUUGACAAGAUGGAUAAUGCUAAUGAAGAAUGGAUUGAUUCUGAUGUCCUGAUAUUCAAUACCGGGCACUGGUGGACGAAGACUAAGCUUUUUGAAACGGGUACCUAUUUUCAGGUUGGUAAAUCUCUGAAACUGGGAAUGCCAGUAAGUAAAGCUCUGACCAGGGCUCUUGAAACCUGGGCAUCAUGGGUUGAAUCGAGGAUCAAUCAUAAUAGGACCCAUGUAUUCUUUCGCACUUUUGAAGCUUCUCACUGGAGUGGUCGAAAUCGUAAUGCAUGCAAGGUGACUCGAAGACCGAUGUUGACAACUAAGGGUAGGGACAAAAGCCCUAUUUCAGAUAUGAUAUUGAGGGUUAUCAAGAGUAUGUCAGCACCUGUUACGCCUCUGCAUGUCACUCCCAUGGGAGCCUAUCGCAGUGAUGCACAUGUGGGCAGAUGGAGUGACAACCCAUCAGUACCAGAUUGUAGUCACUGGUGCCUGCCUGGUUUGCCAGAUAUGUGGAAUGAAAUCGUUUUUACAUACCUUCUGCACAAAGAUCAAAUCACCCAACAACAAACUGCAAAAUGAAGUUUUGUAUUAUUACAAAUUAUGAGACAAAGAGGUGCAACCAUGCAAGUGAGGAUAAAUAUACAUGUAUCAACGUGUUUAGAAAGUUGGAACUUUGACCUGUAAAGUUUCGUUCAGUCAUUAACAGUUGAUGUCAUUGGCAUCACUCAUCAUCAGGCAUCUAAACUAGAAUUGAAUGUGAGAUAGAAUCAUAGAUGCUAGGAGCCCACUCAUCCUCUGCAGAUUGUUGUAUGUAUUCUUGCUGUAUCUGCUGUAUGUUUGUAAAUUCUCAGUGGAUAUUCCUGAAAAUUCGUUCAUCUGUGCAUUGUUUGAAGUCCUCUGUCCAUAUCAACUUGGUUAUAUACCUAAGAAUUCAAGAUUUUUUGUACACAUUAUCGAAUUAUUGUUGAACAUUUUUGCCCGGGAGAGGUACUUUUCACAAGAGCUAUAUAUAUACGGUUGUUGUCUUGCUGAAA